GACAGUGUCAACAAAACCACACACCAUACUAUUCUCUAAAAAGGGCAGGACUACGACACCCAGACGUGCCUCUCGGUACCGGACAAAUAGCCCAAUAUGCCGAUUCCUAUCGAAGUCAUUAACGGCAAGAAGACUGUCACUGUCCUCGAAAACAACCCCGAAGUAAUGAACGCCCUCUCCCUCAAACUCGGCCUCCCCAUCUCCCCCGCCCUCCAAUUCCACGACAUCUACUCCCUCUCUGACCCCGACAUCCUCUCCCUCAUCCCCCAACCCAUCCACGCCCUCCUCGUCAUCCUUCCCUUCACCCCCUCCUGGCACGCCGACCGCGAAGCCGAAGACUCCCUUACAGAACCAUACACCGCAUCUGGCCCCUCCGAGCCCGUCAUCUGGUUCAAGCAAACCAUCGGCCACGCCUGCGGUUCCAUCGGCCUCCUACACUGUCUGCUUAACUCGCCUGCUCGACACCACCUCCGUCCUGAUUCUAUAGCUCUACAGAUCGGGGAAGCAGCGAUCCCGUUGAAGAUGGAGGAGCGUGCGAGGAUGUUGUAUGAUAAUGAGGCGUUCUUGGAGGCGCAUCAGAGUGUUGCGGAGAUGGGGGAUACGAGUGCGCCGGGGGCGGAGGAGGGGGAGAGGUUGGGGCAGCAUUUUGUGGCGUUUGUGAAGGGGGAGGGGGAGGGGGAGGAACAUCUAUGGGAAUUGGAGGGGAGUAGGAAAGGGCCGAUUAAUAGGGGGUUUCUUGGGGGGGAGGGGUUGUUGAGUACCCGGGGGGUGGAGUUGGGGAUUGGGAGGGUGAUGGAGUUGGAGAGGAGGGGUGGGGGUGCGGAUUUGAGGUUUAGUUGUGUGGCUCUUGCUGGGCCGGGGCCGGGGCCGGGACCUGGUGAGACGUAGAGAUGGACGGUCUUAUGGUGCAUAUUGGCGUUUGUGGUGGGAAGUUUGGGAAAGGCUAUUGAUAUGGGAUAGGAGAAUUUGACUCGAAUCUUCGGAUUUCCACGCGGCGUUGUAUCUAUACAUUCAUUUUUGAGGGACCUAAUCUGCGUACCGGCCACAAACCUCUUCGUUUAACAGAGGUACUAACGAAAAACAUAUUUUUCUGAUUCGCAAAGAUAAUCCCCUGGACGAACUGUGUCUGAUUGAUUCAGCUGCUAUCCCCUCAACUGCCGAAAAGACACUUCUCCAUGUGCAAACGCUGAUGCAGGUUCCAAAGUUGUCUGCCUCAAGUGCCUAUCCCACAGAUUACACGCGUAUUUCAGGCUAGCCUAGUGCAUGGCAUCCCUUCAAGCUACCCACCACCUCUCGCUUCCUGUAGAACGUCUGUUUUGUUUUGGAUCCGAGGGAAUAGUUUCUCAAGAAAGUCUAUACCAUGUCAUUU